AGUAUUUCUAGCGGUAGGAGAAGCGCUCUAGGCCAGUCUAUCAGUUGUAGGAACUGUGCGAUAGUUACUAACUACUAUUACUACACUAAUAGUGACGCAGUGCUUGUGGCCAUCGCCUCGAGAACUAUUAUUGCUGAUAUUACUGCUGUUAAAAUCAACAACAGUACUACUGGUAUUGUCGUCACAGUCCGGUCUGCUACUGACUCUUUUUCUCUCACUACUAUAGCGACUUCGAUUGUUGAUCUAUCCUUAAGCGACCUUACUACCACAACAACUAUUAUUACACUUUUUCCAGUGCUGUCACUUUCAUAAGUACCGGUGACUGUGCAGUGGAGUACCCGUCUAGCAACUCACCAGUUCCCUUCGCCGUUUUACCCCGUCGUUAUCACCCUGUCGGUUUUACCUUGUCUGUAUCCGGCUGCUCCUCCACUUCAACCUCAUCGUUCUUCGUCUCCUCACCACGCUACCACAAUUCCGACCAACUGUGGUAAAAACUUUGCAAGUGGUAGAGACAGUAAUAACACCAGAUCGUCCUCAGAUAAUAGUGUCGUCGCUGGUACGACUACGACACAAGUGCCUCGCCUCUGGAGACCGGCUUUCUGGAGCGUUGACUCGGAGAAGGGUGAUGUCAGAUCCAUAAAAGCCGACGUCUCACUGCCGCAGCAUACAACAAUAACAACACCAUCAAUAUCUUCAUCGUUCACACCACCUCAUUCUAUAUCACCAUUUGUGGCUAUAGCAACCACGCCGGUUAAACAACCCUUAUUUACCUUUCUACCACCGCCACCGCUACCGCCUUUAUCAUCGAUAUCUUCGCCGUCGACAUCGUUGUUGUCAUCUUUUUCUGAUCGAAUCGGCACGGUGACAUGUCCGGCACGCUGGUGUUGUCGUUCGCUGUGUCCACCUGAUAAGGAGGUGACUGGCUUGUGUUUAACCAACAGCGCCAGUACUUCUCAUGCAAUGUCGGAUACCUGUGACUUGGUCGCUUCUUCUGACGCUUGGUCGUCUUGGCACCGUAGAGGGGAAAACUUUUACAAACCAUGCUGUGGACUGGAUGCCCGAGAAUCGCCAAAUAAGGAGUUGCCUACUAAAGUUUUGAAACACGACAGAAUUAAGGAUCGUCAAGAUCUUUCACAGACAUUGAACUUUGACCGGGGUCAUACUGUUUUGCUGACAAACAAGAGGUGUGCUGGCACACAAACGCAAUUUUCUAGUUUUGAAUUCAACCGUGAUGGUGAAGUCGUUAUGAUUGCUGAACCAUACCAUCAGUCACAUCAAUCACACCACCAUCAGCAGCAGCAGUCAACAUCUAUGGUCUCACAGUGUCUUUCUCAAUCUCUCGAUAUGGAUACUGAAAACCUUCCAUUAAAUCUCUCUGUCUCCAACAACAACAACAACAACAACAACAACAAUGGUGGUGGUAGUAGUAGUAGUAGCAAUAGUAUUAAUAAUAACAACAACAACAACAACAACAGUAACACCAACAGCCAUCAUUAUCAUCACCACCACCACAGCAACAACAACAAUUCCUCCUCUCCAAUCCCUUCACCUGCCAAUUCCUCAGCACUGUCUACCCAACAGCAGCAGUUGCGUCCAUCUGUGAUAACUUGUGCCUUCGCCAAUAGAUAUACGAACAUGACUACCUUUGUACAGCCACAUAGUCCAAGCCGUCGAGAACUUACAUCAGGUAUGUGUGAUCCAGAGGAGCAUUUUCGUCGGUCCUUAGGAAAGGACUAUAAGAAAUUAAACCGCCAAUCUCCUGUUCCCAUGACUAGAACCAAGAUUACAGAUUCUGUGGCAUCAGUGAACAGCAGUGAUAACGAACCUGUUGGAACCUGUAGUGAGCGGCUUGUCCUAUUGACAACACAAGAAAACAGCCCAUCUGUCGAUGACCACUUUGCAAGAUCACUAGGGAAUAGCACGUGGACGAAUUUGAAGUCUAAGACUGAUGUAUUGAUUGAAUCGGUGGACGACCAUUUUGCAAAAGCACUCGGAGACACCUGGCAUCGAAUCAAAGCCGAGCAGGAGAACCACUGUAACUCAUCACGGUCGUCUUCACCCUUGCAGCUGCAAUCACAGCCGUCAUCACAGCCGUCAUCACAGACAGCAGCACAGCAGCAGCAGCAGCAGACGCCGCUUGUCUCAACAUAGUCUCGAGUUGAGUUGCUGCCUGUACGUCCAUCCGUCUGCUUGUGAACUGAAAUGCAUUGUUGACUAUUAUAAAGAACAAUUUUAUGUGUGAAAUUGUGCGUGUGCAUCUAUAUGUGUAGGCAUAUAUAUAUAUAUAUAUAUAUAUAUACACACAUAUACACACAAAUACAUUUACCAACUACAGAAAUGUAGCAAUAUUGUAUAUAUAUCUAUGCAAGCGAUCUCUCUUUCUCUCAUAUAUGUCUCCCUCUCCUUUCUUCUCAGUUUCUCUCUUUUGCUCUUGGAAUACCUUCAAUACUUGAAUAUAUGAAUGCAGUUAUGGAAGGAAACAUUUUUGUGUUUUGUGAGUGGUUUACUUGAGUGAAAAACAAAAAAAAAUGUCACUUCUGAUUCCCUUUCUCUUUCAUUCCCUCCAGUUCUCUUUCUCACUCUCUCUCUCUCUCUCUCUCUCUCCACACACAGACAUACAUACACACAAACACACAAUUGUAGAUGACAUCUAAAGGAGCACAUGUUCAAAUUGACAUCUUUUGUCAUUUGGCAUCUUUGAGAGACACAUGUGCAGAGUGGUAUUUGUUUCUGAUGUGUCGUCCAAGAGAUGACUGGAUGGGUGGAUAAACUGUACCUUGUGUUUUCAGUACAACACUAAAGUUUU